GUUCAGCUGGGCCCAGCUAUGAUCAGCUGAGCGCCAGCAGCCCAGGAGCGCAGCGCACAAUCUGAGGAUAAUCGCAGGUGGAGAGGCUGUUUGGAUCUGAGGCUCGGGAAGCUGAUCUGAAUUGAACGUUUUUUCUCGAUGAUCCACAAUGCGGUCCUUGGCUCGGUUCGUCGUCCGAUGCGCUCUCAUCAUCUACCCCCUCUGCUUGACUGACGGAGUGGAAGCAGAGCGGCAGUGCACUGAGACGGACUACUACUAUGAGUACACGGAGUGUGACAGCACAGGAUCCCGGUGGAGAGUGGCCAUCCCACAAAGUCCUGGGUCCUGCAGCGGAUUACCACAGCCAGUAAAGGGCACAGAGUGCACCUUCUCCUGCAGAGCUGGGGAGUUCCUGGAGAUGUCGGCUCAGGAGUGCACCCAAUGUGCUGCAGGGAGCUACUCCCUCGGCAGCGGCAUCCGCUUUGACCAAUGGGAUACCAUGCCUGUUGGAUUCAGUAGCCUGGCAACUUCUCUGGGGAAUGAUCCACAUAGAGAUGCCAGACUAUCCUGCAACAGUUCUUCCUGGAUACCUCAAGGAAACUACCUGGAGUCCAACAGGGACGAGUGUACGGUCUCUCUCAUUUAUGCUGUUCACUUGAAGAAGCAGGGCUCGGUCACCUUUGAGUAUCAGUAUCCUGAUAAAAACCUGAUGUUUGAAUUCUUUAUCCAGAAUGACCAGUGUCAGGAGAUGGAUCAGUCCGCUGAUACAAAGUGGCUUCAGCUCACUAAUCAUGGGGAGUGGGCAACCCACACGGUGAAUUUGAAAUCAGGCACCAACAUCUUAUACUGGCGGACAGGAGGAGUUGUGAUGGGGUCCAAUGUGGUGAAGCCUGUACUGCUGAAAAACAUUCAGAUUGAAGGUGUAGCCUACACAUCAGAGUGUUUCCCCUGUAAACCAGGAACAUUCAGUCGCACCCCAGGCUCCUCCACGUGUGAAUCCUGCCCUCGGAACUCCUACUCUGGCCAUGGAGCCAGUUCAUGCACUCCAUGUAACACAACCAUUCAGUAUGCAGAGGAAGGAUCGUCCGAAUGUAAGAACAGACCGCCUUGUUCCAAAAAGGACUUUUUCCAGAUCCACACACCAUGUGACCAUGAAGGCAAGACCCAGGUCAUAUAUAAGUGGAUCGAACCAAAGAUCUGUCUGGAGGGAGUCUCUGGAGCCGAGUCGCUGCCUGAAGGUGGUGAACAGGAGGAAUGUCCCCCCUGUAACCCUGGUUUCUAUAACAAUGACACGGCCACCUGCUCCCCUUGUCCGACUGGGACGUACUCUGAUGGGUUAAAACCAUGUCAGCAGUGUCCAGCAGGGACUGAGCCCGUUCUGGGUUAUGAGUACAAAUGGUGGAAUGUUCUUCCAUCAAAUAUGAAGACUUCCUGUUUCAAUGUGGGCAACUCGAAAUGUGAUAGUAUGACUGGCUGGGAAGCAGCAAGAGAUCAUAUCCACAGUGGAGCAGGCAGCUCUGAUAAUGAUUAUCUCAUCCUUAACAUCCACGUUCCUGGCUUCAAGCUGCCUACGUCAGUGUCGAGCCAGUCAGCGGCAGAAUUUGGUCGAAUCACAUUUGAGUUUGAGACUUUGUGCACUGCUGACUGUGAGUUCUACUUCAUGAUGGAUAUUAAUAGAAAGAGUACUACAGUUGUGCAGUCAUGGGAGAAAUCACAAAAAAGGCAGACCUACACCCAUAUCAUGACAAAAAAUGCCCCCGUUUCCUACACAUGGGCUUUCCAGAGGACAAACCAACCCUCAGACGUACGUCAAUAUGUCAAUGACGUGGCGCGCAUCUACUCCAUCACUGUUACCAACGCCAUUGAUGGCGUGUCCUCCAGCUGCCGGGCUUGUGCCCUAAGCACCCAGCCCUCCAGCUCGGCAUGCGUACCCUGCCCACCUGGACAUUACAUUGACUCAGUCAGCAGCAAGUGCUUAGAGUGUCCACGCAACAGUUACCUCGAAGCUCACGGAAAAGUGGGCUCGGAUUCGUGCAAAGCAUGUGGUCCAGCUAGCAGGAGCGACAAGGACCACAGACUGUGUUACAGUGAUUGUCACUUCACCCAUACAGAGGGCAAUGUCACGUUAACUUUUGACUUCAGUCUGCUCGGUUUAGCCGGAUCCUUGAUGAAUGGUCCAAAGUUCACCUCAAAGGGGACCAAAUAUUUCCACAUGUUCAACAUCAGUCUAUGUGGAGGACAGGAUCGCAUGGCGGUAUGCAGAGACAACGUUUCAGACGUGUCAAUCUCCAGCUCCCAGAGCGAGAAAGCGGAGGGAUCCAGUGCUGUGAAGACCUUCAUCUGUCAAUCAACAAUAAUCCCAGCAAGCAGACAAGGAUUCUCCUCUGCGCUGUCUUCUCAGUCCAUUAACCUGGCUGACACUUUUCUCGGUGCAACUGUGGAUGAUAAUCUUGAGGGAAUAAAAGCCAUGCCAGACUUGUUUCCCCGGAAGUCUAAGAAAGUGCCUGAUGUUAACUUCUUCUACAGAUCACUUGAAGGAACUUCGUCCUGCGAAUCAGGUCGAAGUGCAGUGGUGACCCUCCGCUGUAAUCCCGAUAUGAGCACUCAAGGAACACUGUCGGUUCCCAGUCAGUGCCCUGAAGGAACAUGUGACGGCUGCACCUUCCAUUUCUUUUGGGAGAGCUCAGGAGCUUGUCCGACAUGCACCGCUAGAGACUACCAUCUGAUAGAGGGAGUCUGCAAAGGAGGACAGCAGGACAUGCUGUAUGUGUGGACUGAACCCAAGCUGUGUAUAGGGGGCGCCAGCUUGCCUGAAAAGAAAACCGUGCCUUGCGAGGGUAUGGAGUUCUGGGUUCGGCUUGGUGCAGGGACGGGGAUUUUCACUGCCGUGCUGCUCAUCUCUCUCACCUGCUACUUUUGGAAGAAGAAUAAACGGUUGGAAUACAAGUACUCCCGGCUGGUUAUGUCUGCCAAUAAGGAGUGUGAAAUGCCAGUGGCUGACAGCUGUGCUGUGAUGGAGGGAGAGAAUGAGGGAGACAUGGAGGAUGAAGUUGUGUACACCAAACCUUCACUGCUUGGCAAACUGAAAGCAAUAGCAUCUAAGGGAAAUGGGCAGCGUUAUGAAAAUGUGCAGCUGAACUCGUUCUCAUCAAAGGCGUUGGUGUGGAGUUAAAGCCCUGCAAACAGGAGCUGCAAGGACGAAAAAAAACUUCGCUCUGGGUGAUCCACCUUAGAGUGUCCCUCUUAUGAGCUUUGGUACCUGGAAUACCACCUGUGUGUACAUAAAAAAAUACACUCUGCAUAAAAAGCCAGAUUAAAAGAAGUCACAAUAAGAUGGUGGCCUUAUAGCUUGGUACCGUAGAGCCAUAGUACUGUGACACAGGUGUGUAUGACACACAUUUUUUGGCUUAUCUUUUUGCUGGAAAAUGUUUUUAGAAAGCUCAGGGUAAUACAAGGACCUAUAUGAGUUCUUGUUCAGUUCGAUGUAUAUUUAUUUAAUUCUGUGUCAUGUUUUAUUUCCUUUGAUUGUGGAGAUCCAGAUGUCAAGACACACAAAAACUGUGUGUGUUUCCAUAUCCUGUAGAUGCACUCUGACUGGCUUUGUUUUCUCAUAUGUGUGUGUGUUUGACUCUUUUGUUUCAUUGAAGUCAUUUUGGUGGGAAGAUAAGUAGGACUAAAAAUGAACCUGCUGUAUUAAGCUGUUAAUAUUGUGCUCCAAAUAAAUGACAUAUUUAUGUAAAA